GGAGAACGGAACCCCAUCGUCUUCCCCAAGCCGGAGCGAGAGAGCGAGAGAGAGAGAGCCUCACCCGCACGCCAUUCCCCGCCGUUCCAAUCCCCCGCGCGAUUAAAAAUCCAACAAGCCGCAGUAUUCUAUCCCCAUCCCGCCCCCCACCCCCUCUCCCUCCUCCGCGCGCCCUCGCCCCCGCACCAAGGCCGCACUCCAAAGCAACCGCCCGUCGCUAUCGCCAUCGGCGACCCCGCCUUCCCGGGCACGGAACCCUAGCGCGCUAUAAGAGCACCUGCGCACCCAUGGCGCCCGCGGCAGCAUCGGCAUCGGCAUCCAUCGCCGCCAUCGCCCAGCACCACGCACCCGCGGCCCCGCGCGCCUCCGUCUCCGUCGCCGCCGCCGGGAGGAACGGCGGCCUUUCCGUGUCGGUAGGCGUGCGCCCCGUGCCGGGGAUCUCCGUGGUCAACUCGCAGCGGAGGAGGAUGGUCGCGGCGGCGGCGGCCACCGAGAUGGCGCCCGCGGCCAGGGGCGAGGGCGGGGGGAAGCCGUUCGUGGACGAGAUGAGGGCCGUCGCCAUGCGCCUGCACACCAAGGACCAGGCCAGGGAGGGGGAGAAGGAGCCCCAGGCGCCCCCCGUCGCCAGGUGGGAGCCCACCGUCGAGGGCUACCUGCGCUUCCUCGUCGACAGCAAGCUCGUCUUCCAGACCCUCGAGGACAUCGUCGACCGCGCCGCCGUCCCCUGGUAUGCGGAUUUUAGGAAUACUGGGUUAGAGAGAUCAGAGCCACUGAAGAAAGAUCUGGAAUGGUUCACGGAACAGGGUCACACCAUUCCAGAACCAACUGCUGCUGGUACUGCAUAUGCUUCCUAUCUGGAAGAGUUGUCUGAGAAGGACCCCCAAGCAUUUAUCUGCCACUUCUAUAAUGUGUACUUUGCUCAUACUGCUGGAGGCCGAAUGAUUGGCAAAAAGGUUGCUGAGAAGAUUCUGAACAAGAAAGAGCUGGAGUUCUACAAGUGGGAAGGUACCCUGUCUCAGCUGCUGCAGAAUGUCCGCACCACACUAAACCAAGUUGCUUCUAGCUGGUCUCGGGAAGAGAAGGACCACUGCCUGGAGGAGACCGAGAAGUCGUUUGCCUACUCAGGGGACCUCCUACGCCAGAUAUUCACCUGAGCCAAGAACGAUCUCCAUUACGUUUCACGAUGAACAUUGUAAAUACUAAGCCAUGUCUGUGCACCGGGGAGGAACAUGCUCUGCCGGUUCUGAACUGCCUUUCAAUCAAAUUGUCAUAUACUAAUAAUCCGUCCAUUGCAUC